AUGUCCUCGGAGGGGUCCCCGCCGGGCAAACCAGGGCCCCCAGCCCCAGCCCAGACCGUUGUGUACGCUGUGCGGGGCUGCUUUCAGGAGCCGAAUAGACCUUUGCCGCCAUAUCCUCCCGGUGGCUUCUUGGCGUUGCAGGGGCACCUCUUUGGCGGGCCCCACAAGAACCUGGAGGGGCCCCGGGCUGUGACCCCCUGCCGGGCUCUCGAAGGCGCAGUGCCCACAGAGAAGGAUGGGGCCCAGAGACCUGUCCUCCAGACACCACUUCACUCCCUUGGGGCUCAAGUCCGAACCGAGGAGGUGGAGAUCAAACGACAGACGUUGGUUGUAGGCCUGCAGGAUAAGGACACCCAUCUGAUGGGCCGGGUCACCUUGCGAGGACAAGGCACCCAGAACCUAGCUUCCUGGGCUGAGCCGGUCCGGGGCGUGCACUGUCAGCUCUGCGGCGAGCUCUUCAAAGACCGAAGGGGCCUCUCCUGCCACGUGCGUUCACAUAUCAGGCGCAUGGGGGUGACCAAGUGGUACGGCUCGCCCAUUGUAAAGCUCGAAGAGGUCCUGGAGAAGAGGGCCAACGCGGGGCUCGUUAAGAAAGAGCCCACCCCCGCCGAGCUGCCCUGUCCCCGGGGGGAGGAUGGGCCCAGAUCCACAGGGAAGGGCCUCUGCCUGUCGCUUCGACCUCAUUGCUCCCACAAUCCUGGCAAACCAGGCCUAGCUCUCCCAUGA